GGCGGGAGCGGAGCCGCGGCGCGCGCUCGCCAGGACGCCGGCCGCCCGCCCGCCAGCCCGAGCGAGCGGCCCGGGGCGCCGAGGGGGCCCGCGCCCCUCCGGGCGCCGCCGCCCUGGCCGCCAUGUGCUCCCAGCUCUGGUUCCUGACGGACCGGCGCAUCCGCGAGGACUACCCGCAGGUGCAGAUCCUGCGCGCCCUCCGGCAGCGCUGCUCCGAGCAGGACGUGCGCUUCCGGGCGGUGCUCAUGGACCAGAUCGCCGUCACCAUCGUCGGCGGCAACCUCGGCCUGCAGCUGAACCAGAAGGCGCUCACCACCUUCCCAGACGUGGUGCUUGUCCGCGUGCCCACGCCCUCCGUGCAGUCGGACAGUGACAUCACCGUCCUGCGACACCUGGAGAAGCUGGGCUGCCGCUUAGUCAACCGCCCACAGAGCAUUCUAAACUGCAUCAACAAAUUCUGGACAUUCCAGGAGCUGGCUGGGCAUGGGGUCCCCAUGCCAGACACCUUCUCCUAUGGUGGACAUGAAGACUUUUCGAAAAUGAUCGAUGAAGCCGAGCCGCUGGGCUACCCCGUGGUGGUGAAGAGCACGCGCGGACACCGGGGCAAAGGUGUUUUUCUUGCAAGAGAUAAGCACCACCUCUCAGACAUCUGCCACCUGAUCCGCCACGACGUGCCCUACCUGUUCCAGAAGUACGUGAAGGAAUCCCACGGGAAAGAUAUCCGGGUGGUGGUGGUCGGCGGCCAGGUGAUAGGCUCCAUGCUUCGCUGCUCCACAGAUGGCCGGAUGCAGAGCAACUGCUCUCUCGGUGGCGUGGGUGUCAUGUGCCCACUGACGGAACAAGGCAAGCAGCUGGCUAUCCAGGUGUCCAACAUCCUGGGCAUGGACUUCUGUGGCAUCGAUCUUCUCAUCAUGGACGAUGGCUCCUUUGUGGUGUGUGAGGCAAAUGCCAACGUGGGCUUCCUAGCCUUCGACCAGGCGUGCAACUUGGAUGUGGGCGGAAUCAUUGCAGACUACACCAUGUCCUUGCUGCCCAACAGACAGACCGGGAAGAUGGCCGUCCUCCCAGGCUUGUCUAGCCCCAGGGAGAAGAAAGAGCCAGAUGGCUGUGCUUCAGCUCAGGGAGUUGUGGAGAGCGUCUAUGCCAUCAACAGUGGGUCUACCUCCAGCGAGAGUGAGCCUGAACUGGGAGAGAUCCGGGCUUCCUCAGCCAGCACAGCGGGGGCCCCGGCCCCCAUGCUGCCUGACCCCAGCUACAACAUUAACACCAGGAUUGCUUCAGAAUUAAAACUUAAGUGAAUUCCUGCUUUUUGGCAGCACUGAAACCAAAUCCUACUGCUUCCCUAGUAGUUUUGAGUGAAUAAAAUCUGGACUAGUGUGAUUUCAUUUGCACAGAAACUAGAAAUCCCAUCUGGGCCCUCAGCAUUCUUUCUAAUGAUGAUCUAAGCAAAUGGCCUAGCUUUGUGGUUUUUAGAAACACUAGUAUGAAAACCCUCACCGAGAAC